AUGACCGACGAUAAACCGAAACACAAGAAGACGCACAAGCAAAAGAACAAGAACAAGAGCAAAGAUACUUCCGAUCCAACUUCGACCAAUGGCGCCAAGUCCUCUUCGAAGCGAAAGCGCGAGUCUGAGCCCGGCCGGAAAAGCAAGAAGAACAAGCAUCAUGACAGAGAUGAUCUUGUAAAUGGCACGACUCUCCUCAUCGAACCGGAAGUGGAUCAAAAGCCCAUCAUCACACAACUGGACGGUUUCCAUGCAGAUGACUCUGCCGCUCCGGCGCCUGAAGAGACACCCAAUCAGGGACCCAACGGCACUCCAGGUAAAGAAAAGAAGCCCCGCAAAGCGCGUUUCGCUGGUAAAACCGGGAAGAAAAUUGGAGUCUAUGAGGAGGAUGAAAUUCGAGCCGUGGAGAAAUACAAGGUCGACUUUUGCAAUCUCCACGGGGUCGAAGCACGGGAAUUCGACGCGAUGGUGCAACAUUCCGAGCGCGAGGGCGAAGACUUCCCCUGCCCAACCGACCUUUGUACCAAAAGCGAGUUCUGGUCUUCCAUCUAUGAACUUAUGCCCGAUCGGGACCGCCGAUCAGUCUAUCGCUUCAUGCGCAGACAUUUCCAGGACUCCGAUCAGAAACCACAUGAGUGGACUGCGGAACAAGACGAAGAACUUAUCCAGUUGCGCGCUAAACAUGGAACAAAGUACACUUUGAUCGCCAAGCUCCUCGGCCGUAGCUCCGAUGAUGUUACACAACGGUGGAAGAAUCGCCUCGAACACCGCACGACUAUGAAUCAUGGACCGUGGAGUGAGCAGGAACUGCGAGACCUGCUUCGAUACCUGAUACAGGUCAGCGAAAGUUCCGAAAAGCUAGACAUGUCUUCUGAUGUGUAUGAAAUGGACGAUAAACUUGUUCCGUGGGGCAAGAUUAGUGAUCAAUUGAACAACACUCGGUCCCGCCAGCAAUGCGCCGACAGAUGGCGCAAGAUUCGAAAGCUCGUUCUGGAAACACGGGCCACUUCCGACCCAAAUGCUGUCUUUGAUCCAAGGCACUCAAGGGGGAGUGAAAAGCCCAGCACUCCAAAGACUCCAAAGAGCAAGGAAUACGUCGAGGAGAGUGACGACGAGGGAAAUGAGUCAACACAGGCUGCCCAGGAAACUAGGGCUACAACCGAGUCCGCUCCUGAAGCAGAUCUAGGAUCGCAACCAGUAUCCGGUGACCACAGCGAAUCUCCAACUCAAAAGCGGGUCGAGGAAGAAGCCUCUUCGUCCGAGGAUGAUGACGAUGGGCAUUCUUCUCCCACCACUCAACGAUCCAAGUCAGCAUCCGAGAAGAAGCAAAAAAAGAGGCAGAAUAAGGCGAGGGAAAUAGAAGAGCUUGCCGAGGCCGAGGGGCUCACUCCAGCGAGGGCAAAAGAGGUACGCAAGCAGGAAAAGAAACGCAGGAAAUCAUUGAAGGAAAAGAGGACAUCUGCGGUCAAUAAGGCCGACAUCGACAACCACACUCAAUACAAGCAAGCAUCUUCAGUCCAGUCGCAGGCCGGCUCUGAUAAUGAUUCAGAUAUGUCUGAUCUUGACGAUCAUGGCCGAAUCAAAAUGGAAGGAUGA